AGGUGAGAAUUUCAUCGAGGAUUGGGCGGGAGCUUGGACUUAGCGGCCAGGAGCAGCGACGCGGAGCUAGGAAUCGUAGAAGUGCCUGGGCCUCACGGUACCGUGAGCACAUGCAUGGGUUUGCUGUGGCGGACCUGGCCAUCCAGACCGGCUGCUGUGUGGGCUUCCACCUCCUGGCGCAGGCGCUGCUGUGGGGCGCGUUGUUGGUAGGGUACCUGCAUCGCCGCUGGCGGCGGGGCGGCGGCUGCGGCGGCGGCGGCUCAGGGCGGCUCCUGCCUGUGGUCAAGUCGCCCGGCGUGCCUGACGUGCACCACGGCAGCAGCAGCAUUAGCGGCAGCGGCGCCGGCAGUAGCGGCGCCGGCAGCAGCAGCGGGGCGGGGGGCUGGCUGCAGCCGCGGCCGCUGAUGCUGGGUGCGGCGGUCAUGGCUGUCUGGUCGGUGGUGAACCUGGCCGUGACCUCGCAGCUGUGACGCGGCCAUGUAGGACGUAGGGCAUAGUAGUAAUAGCGACGGGUGUGAUGAUGCAGACACACUCACAUCAAGCUGCACGUAAGAGUGCGGCUGAUUAGAAAUGCCGGGCUGGCCGUGUGUCUGCCGGUGUGGGGGCGAGGGCGCUGUGUAGGACCCACGUGGCGGGGUGGGCGCAAGCGACAGGGCGCCCGGCCUCUCAGGAGUCAGGGCUGGGGUGGAGGGGCGGCGGGCGCUGACGCUGCUGGGCAAGCAGCCGGCCGGAUGGAUUGGAGUUUUAGGGCUGACGCAUGGGGGAGUUGAGGCUCAUGAGGGCUCGUGUGCAUUUCGACGCACGGGCCGGAGGCUCUCGUACGGCAUGAGUGGGUGGCGCACCUGGGGCCGCAUGUGGGCACCCAGGGAUGGAUGUACUGGUGAGGACAGCGGUGGCGCCCACACACACCGCCUCGAACAACACAUGAACCACACGAUUGAGUUCGAAUGCAACGGGUGUGCUAGUAUGGGGACUUCCGGGGGGUAGCGGGCUGCAUUCGACUAGAGUGGACAUACUAGGGGAGAGGGGUGUGUGUGUGUGAGAGAGGGACGUAGCGGGGCCGCCAUGGCCAAUAUGGUUUGGCCGGUUGAUAUCACAUGCAUGCUUACUGGAGGGCGGGACGCCGAUGUGCACCGGGAGGGCGGGAGGCCGAACUGAACUGGUUGGUCGUUGAAACCGUUGACGGGUUGUCAUAGCAAGGCCUGGGCCCGGCAGUGCGUAGUGGGAGGGGGCAGGCAAGGCCACGUGGAGGGGGAGAGCGCGGCGCCGCCCGAGAAGCAGCCCCGGCACGCAGGUUCAGGCCCGGGCGGCGUCUGGUUUGCAGCCUUUGCUGGCGAGCGUACCAUGGCACGUUUUGUGGGCGGAUUCAUCACUGUUUGGUUUGCUGCCGGCUGUGCCUGUGCUUGGCAGCGGGACGUGGCUGGACACAUGGCGGGCGGCGCCUGUGCGGACCAAUAGUCCGGGCGGCUAGGUAGUUUCGCAACCUUCGGCCUCAAACAUUGUGCAAACGUGGCGUGGGCGCGGCCCAUUUUCCCCUUGUGAGGAAGAGCCACUUGUCUUGUCGAGGCACUGUAAAAGUUGGUGCUG